AUGAGCAAAGUGAUAGAUAAUGACCCGAAAUUAGCAUAUGAACAGCUGAAGGAGAUUUAUGAUAGCAAUGAAGAAAUGAAAAGUAGCGUUGAUCUGUUGUGGCGGUUAGGCAAAGCAUGUUUCCUGUGGGCUAAUACUUUGCAAAAAAAGGAUUCGAGAAAGAAAUUGCUCAUUUUCGAAGGUCGAAUGUAUGCCACGUCAGCGUAUGCAAAUGAUGAGAAUAAUGCUGAAGCACUCAGAUGGGCGGCAAUUUUGAUCGGUUCAGCAAUUGAUUUUUUGGGGACUAAAGAAAAAAUUGAGCAGGGCAAGAUUUUCAAGUCACAUUUGGAUCGCGCAAUAGAAAUGCAGCCGACAGAAUAUUCAUUACUACAUUCACGAGGACGUUUUUCAUACGAGGUCGCCAAUCUUUCAUGGAUCGAAAGGCGAUUAUGCAGUGCAUUGUUUUCCGAAGUUCCAAACAACACUGUCGACCAAGCUCUUAGUGAUUUUUUGGAGGCUGAAAAAUAUGCUCCAUUUGUAUGGCCUGAGAAUUUGCUCUACAUAGCACGUUGUUAUGCUGUAUUGAAAAACAAGGAACUUGCAAAAAAAUAUUUGGAAAAAGUGGAAAUAAUUGAACAAUUGGAUGAAGCUGAAGCAGAAGCAUUAAUUGAAGUUAAAGCUGUUGUUUCUAAAUUGAAAUAA